GAGAGCCAAAAAGUGCUCCUCAACUCGCUGUUAUUUUGCUGACCUUCGUCGCACAGCUUGAGAUCUGGUACUGCGAUCGCACUACAGUGUGAGGAAGAAAAAAACAUACACAUCCCCCAUGUGCCAUCUCGCUUUUUGCUGUUACUAUAGGUAUACAACGCAGUGAGAAUUCAUACACUGGUUAUCAGAGGAAUACACUUUAUUCGGAUACCAAAAAUAAAUCACAGCCUUGAAUAUCCGGUGAUUACGACUGUCGUGGUUCGAGGAGUGAAAUAUCGUCUAUCCGAUAUUGCCGGCGCGACGGAGCCACAUUUCAUCUUCGUCUCACGAUUCCUUACCUCAACGUCAAAAAUUUAUCCUAUAAUCAUCGCUCAUCACCAUGUCCGUCACUCAGCUACCUCGCGACACCGCUUAUCAGGUGCGAUCUUUGUUCCGCUCUUUGCUGCGUCAAUCAUCGCAAUUCUCAAAUUACAAUUUCCGGGAGUACGCCCGCCGGAGGACGAGGGAUGCGUUUCGGGGACAUGAGAAGGAGGUUGACGCGCGGAAGAUUCAGGAGUUCGUUCAGGAUGGUAUAAAGAAUUUGAGGAUGAUGAAGAGGCAAACUACUAUUAGUCAAUUCUAUCAGCUUGAUCGACUCGUCGUUGAGGGGCAAAAGACGGUGAGAAAUUUAUCACAUUCAACAAUUCUAAAAACACAUCUAAUAAAAUUAUUGCAGGGCAAGCAAACAGGGGAUAAGGGUGAUAUCGUACGUCAGAAAGACACUGGCUGGGAUUGACUGGUUGUUUCUAUCUGAAAGAGUGCUGUUGAUAUUAAAGCACCAUUGCAACCAAUCUCGCUCUGUUCAGUAGGAAAACACGUCGUCUGUAUACAUAGAACUCUGUAUUUCCAUCUAUUUGGCGUUUCAUAUCCUCUUGGAUAUUAUCUAGUCAUACAUCUCCACUCAAAAUGAUAUAAAUAAUCAGGUAGUCAUGAGACAUGUGAAAGGCGAUCAUGUUCUCAGUCUACAGUCAGCCUGAAGAAUGUUCUCCGGCAUAAUAUUUUCGAAAUACGUUCAUAUUUAUCGCCACAUCCAGGUUUUUCCGUUGUAUUUUCAGGCUCCAUAAAGAUAAGACAUUCUUUACUAUUACUUCCG